AGGCUGCGAGGGGACGGCGUCGCCGGAUGGCUGCUCCCCGUUCCCUCAUCCCACACGACGGUCGUUUCAGACGGGGACGGGCAGCAGCUGUGUGGGACGCUGCCUCGCUGGGGGAGAUGAGCCCGUCCCGGGCGCUCCCAGGGGCCGCCUGCGCCCGUCGCCACCGGUGCGCCAGCCCGUCCCGCGGGGGUGCGCGGCGGCGCUGAGGAGAGCGGGCCCGGCACGGGGUGUCACCUCGCUGGAUUUCCCGCGUCCCGUCUGGAGUCAGUGACUCCCUGACAUGGAGAAGCUCAGCGUUGCCAUGUCCACUGUUGGGUUCCAUAACAUCGCUAGGUCAGAUCUCCUGCCUUAUACAUGUGAUCAUCCAGAAAGAUACUAUGAUCUGGAAAGGAAAACAUAGGUCCACAUCAUGAACUUACUCUUUGUUUCAUCAGGCCAUCCUACACAAAUUCAGACCAGUCCAGGCUACCUUAGACUUAUGGAAACAGGUACGAAGGAAGUUGUCUGAAGUUGCAGAAUGAGUCAGUGGCAAACCUAGAAACUGAAUUGGUUGUAUCUUCUUAUUGCUAUGCCUCCUGCCUCUUAUUUUUUUCAUCGUAUGCUCCUUGGACUGGGACAAAAAGAACAAAAAUUUCGUAAUUACUGACCCUGAUGGCACACUGCGCCAAAAAUGAAUACUUUGAUAAUUUGCUGCUCUCUUGUAAGCCUUGUCAUCUUCGAUGUUCUAGUACACCACCACCUUCAUGUGAAAACUACUGUGAUAACAGUACUGAUUCAGGUGGAGUUCUUUGGAUUUGUUUGGGCUUAGGAUUAAUUUUAAUGCUCACUCUGUUCACCUUAAUGGUCUUGUUUAAAUGGAAGCACCUAAAGCAACUAAAAGAAAAACUGAAAAACACAGACUCUUCUGUGGAGCUGAAUAAUAUUCUCAAGGCUAAUACUGAAAGCAGUGUGAAUACAGAAGGAAUUAGACAUUCAUUUCAAAGGGAAACAUUAAUGUAUUCAGUGGAAGAAUGCACUUGCAGUGACUGUGGCUUGGUAAAACCUCAGACUGGCUGUGAAACUUCAUUCCCAUUACCAGCUACAGAAGAAGGAGCUACUGUUCUAGUUACCACAAAAUCUUUUGAUUAUUGCAACUAUAUUCUGGGUGCUGGGUGACUAUGAGAGAAAUACAUUUUUACUGCAUAAUAAUGAAUGAGUUAUUCCAGUAUAGCUAUUAAUACUUGCAGUCAGUGGAGAAGGCUAGUACAUCAUCCUUAUACAUCUUCUAUUGAGCUUUCAUUAAUAUUGUCAUAUUAUUUCUAAUUCUAGUAUCUCUUUGGUCAAGUACUUCUACAUUAUUCUCAGGUACAAAACUAGUUAUUGGAAUUUUUAAUUUCUAAAAGUCCCUACGUAGGAUGGCUUUUUCUGCCUUUAGAGAUUGUAUCUACUUACACCGAAUAUAUACAAACCCAUCAAUAAACAAGUUUGC